AUGACAUCUAAUACAGAAAACAAGGUGUACAACUAUAAUCAUGUUGAGCCUACGGAAGUAGAUCCCUUAAGACAAGAUGAAACAGAGAAAGGAGAAAAAGAGAAAUUAGGUUUCCGUGAGAACGUCCAUCGUGUACUUUCAAAUAUAACGGUGGAGCCAAGUCUCUUGUUGUUCGUAUCUGCGGCAAUGUUAAACAUGAUGUCAUCACAAAAUCUCCAAUUAGAAAAAGCAUGUCGCGUGAAUUUAAAUUUCUCGACAGAAAUUUGUGAUUCUUUGAGAAUACAAAAUGUUGUGAACCAUAACGAGUAUGAAAGAGAAACACAGAAACUAUUAGCAAAGGCACUUACUUGGAAAACGUAUAUGACAGCAACUUUACCUUGUAUUUUUGCUCUUUUUGUUGGGUCUUUCUCUGACAAAACAGGACACCGAAAAAUAUUUAUGCUCAUUCCAAUGACCGGGCAAUUACUGAUGUGUAUUAACAAUAUGUUUAAUGUGUAUUUCUUUUAUGAGAUCUAUUUGGAAAUAACAGUUUUCUCCGAGUCUUUGCUUGAAGGAUUAAGUGGAGGAUGGUGUAUUUGUUUCUUAACAGGGUUUGCCUAUAUUAGUGCCAUUACUACAAAUAAAGACAGAACCUUUAGGAUGGGGCUUGUAAGUUUUUGUAUAACAGUUGCCUUUCCGAUCGGAAUGGGACUCAGUGGAGUUUUGUUAAAGAGUUUUGGGUACUAUGGUGUGUAUGGAAUAUCUAUGUCCUUGAAUGUAUUCAAUAUGCUCUACAUUAUUUUUGUGGUCAAAGAUCCAAAGAGAACCCGUGAACAGAAGAAACACGACCGGCAAAGUUGUUGUCACUUAUUCCGCACUUUCUUCGAUAUAUCAAAUGUGAAAGAAACUGUGAGUGUGAUUGUGAAAGAUGCGCCAAAUAACAGAAGAAUACGUUUAUGUGUUCUCUUAGGUGUGGUAACUGUACUCUUUGGACCAAUGUACGGUGAAAUAUCCAUUAUGUAUUUGUCUGUAAGGUACAGAUUUGGAUGGGAUGAAGUCAAAUACAGUAUGUUCCAGAGCUAUAAUUUAAUCCUGCAUUCUAUCGGUACAACGUUCUCAGUUUUAGUAUUUACCAAAUAUCUCGGAUGGCACGAUUCUCUGCUGGGCAUCGUGUCAACUUUGAGUAAAAUUACCGCUUCUUUCGUCUUCUGUUUUGCUCAAACCGGCGCCGCAUUUUAUUUCGGACCUUUAGUUGAAAUACUGAACGGAACUUCACUGUUAUCGAUGAGGUCCAUAAUGUCCAAAUUGGUGGAAGUGGAUGAAUUGGGAAAAUUGAGCUCUGUAGUUGGACUAGUUGAGAAUCUAAUGCCUUUGCUCUAUGUCCCGAUGUAUACGAGGGUGUACUCAGCAACGAUGGAAGUUCUACCAGGAGCCGUGUUCCUGUUAGGAGCUCUUCUAACUCUUCCUGCUGUUGCUGUACUCUUUUGGUUAUUCUACGAGCACAGAAAGCAGCUCAGAAAAUUGCAAUCUAGCGAUAUUCAGCGAAAAUUAUAA